AUGGCCGACCAACCUGAGUUCCAGCCCGGGGGGUCACGUCGACGAACACAUCGUCACAGUGGGGCUGAGCCACGCACAACAGACACACUGACAAAACUGCUGAGUGGGGCUGAAGACCCAGCACCCACAUCAUCUGCAGUACCACCCUGCAUUCUCAGUACGAAACAAUUGGCAAAGUCAAAAACAGAAACAAAGAAGCCCAAGAAAAGACAGAGCUCUGGGGAGUCCAUAGAUUCUGAACCCAAAGUCAAAACAAAGAAGUCCUUUCACCACAAGUCAGACAGCAGUAGGAAGCUUUCUCCACACAAGACUCACAAGGUCUUCAAGAAUAACAAAGUCGCUUCAAAAGCUGUUCCUGACACUUCAAGCAUCCCUUUGGCUGAUACAAGUGACCCUGCUCCAGGAUCUCACAUAAUAGCAGAUACUGUCACCAUACCUUUACUGCCAGGAAGUCCGUCCAGAUUCAGUCCAAUCAAGAGUAAGUUGAGAUCCAACAUCAGAGCCACACUGAGUGAAGGUAUCUCCUACUUCUCAAGGAGACGAUCAUCAGUCAAAGGAAAGAGCAAAAGCAAAAAGAUCAAGAGUUCAAGAAGAUCUGAGACAAUCACUUCAGAAGACAAAGCUGACUCUGACCCCAAACCAGAAGUACAGCUUGCUACCACGUCAAGGUCCGAGGCCGAAUCUGAUCUACCACCCAAGCGACAGUGUCUCAGGUCAUCCAUACCUGAGGCUGAAUCUUCCGUUACUUUGAAGGUUUCAACCUUAACUUCAAGAGGUGAACAGCCAACUGCUGAAAACCUCACGACCAAAACACCCUCUGUGGGCGGCGUUCCUCUGCGUGGGCUCGGCGUCAAGGAGUCAAUCCGCCUACCGGGUGCCGCAGCAGUGGUUCGGGAUCUGCCCGGGAACGAUCAGGGAGCGGAAAACCGCCAUCAUCAAGCCUGA